AUGACGCCCUACUGCAACUUACGGUGGGGCCCAAUGGUGAAGCAAUUACAUAACAUGGUUGACUGCUCUGGCGUCCUCACUUGUCUGUGUGGGAAGAGGGUACAUGAUUACAUCCAUGUUGUAAAUUUAGCAGAUGGACACACUGCUGCUUUGAAGAAACUCUCGGACCCUAAAAUAGGCUGUGAAGUCUACAACUUAGGAACGGGUAAAGGCACAUCUGUGUUGGAGAUGGUAGUAGCUUUUGAAAAGGCAUCCAGAAAGAAAGGCUUACAUGUAAUGUUUGUGUUUGUCCAACGAAUUCCUGUUGUGACAGCUGGGCGUCGACCUGGCGAUGCUAAGGUGGUAAAAACCUUACACUAG